UCGUCAAGCAGUCUGGCGAGUGGCGACUGCCAGUUAGAAUUAGAAGAACAAGACAACCACUGCGAAUUCAAAGCCAUCCGUCCAACUUACCGAUUUAUAAUCAGUGUUAGUGUACAUUAUUGUGUUAUUUCGUUUAUACAGAGGACUACAAAAUGAAGACAGUCUUGAUGGUGGCAGAAAAACCUUCCCUGGCUCAAUCAAUUUCCAGAAUUCUCUCCAAAGGAAACUGUACAAGCCGAAAGGGGCUGAAUGGAUCGUGCUCGGUCCAUGAAUACACUGGCGUCUUCCAUGGACAAACCGCACGCUAUAAGAUGACUUCAGUAUGCGGACAUGUGAUGAGUCUAGAUUUCAUUGGUAAGUACAACAACUGGGAUCAGGUGGACCCAGCAGAACUCUUCAGCAAAGCUCCGACAGAAAAGAAGGAGGUCAACCCCAAACUCAACAUGGUGAAAUUCCUGCAAGUUGAGGCCAGAGGAUGUGACUAUUUGGUGUUAUGGUUGGACUGUGAUAAAGAAGGCGAGAACAUCUGUUUUGAGGUUAUUGAUGCUGUACAGCCCGUCAUGAAGGGAGGUGGUAGAGAGAGGAGCGUUUACCGUGCCAGAUUCAGCUCCAUUACUGACACUGACAUCUGGAACGCUAUGAACCAUCUUGGAGAGCCCAACCACAAUGAAUCCCUUUCUGUGGAUGCACGGCAGGAACUGGAUCUACGCAUUGGCUGUGCCUUCACCCGAUUCCAAACCAAAUAUUUCCAAGGAAAAUAUGGAAAUUUGGACUCGUCUUUAAUAUCAUUUGGACCUUGCCAGACUCCAACUCUCGGGUUCUGUGUGGAACGUCAUGACAAAAUCCAGUCCUUCAAACCAGAGAACUACUGGGUUAUACAUGUAAAGGUGUUCCGUGGGAAGGACACCCCGCUUACUCUUGAUUGGAACCGGGGUAAAGUCUUUGACAAAGAUGUGGGGCAGAUGUUUGUCAGCCUGGUCAAGACAUCCAAGGAAGCCCAGGUGGAGUCUGUGACUAAGAAGGAGAAGAGUAAGCAGAGACCCCAGGCUUUAAACACAGUAGAGAUGUUGAGAGUGGCAAGCUCUGCCUUGGGCUUGGGUCCUCAAUAUACUAUGCAGAUUGCUGAACGCUUGUACACACAAGGCUUCAUAAGCUAUCCUCGUACUGAAACGUCCCACUAUCCGGAAAACUUUGACCUGAAGGGAACACUGAAGCAGCAGACCAACUGUCCUUUGUGGGCAGAGGAGGUGAAAAAUAUACUUUCCAAUGGAAUAAAUCAUCCUAGAAAAGGAGUUGAUGCUGGGGACCAUCCACCCAUUACCCCCACACGUGCAGCCUCAGAAGAAGAACUAGGAAGUGAUGGCUGGCGGCUUUAUGAGUACAUCGCAAGACAUUUCAUAGCCACUGUCAGUCAGGACUGCAAAUACCUACAGACAGUCAUUACCUUCAACAUUGGCAGUGAAACGUUCACAUGUAGUGGCAAAACCCCGAUAUCAUCAGGUUACACAGCUGUGAUGCCAUGGCAGGGUAUCCCUUUGGAGGAAGCCUUGCCUGUCUGUCAGAAUGGAGACAUUUUUACAGUAGACGAGAUCAAGCUGGUGGAAAAGCAGACUACCCCUCCAGACUUCUUAACUGAGGCUGAACUUAUCACUCUCAUGGAGAAACAUGGCAUUGGCACUGAUGCCAGCAUCCCUGUCCACAUUAACAACAUCUGCCAAAGGCACUAUGUGACAGUUGAGAAUGGACGCAAGUUGAAGCCAACCAACCUGGGCAUAGUCCUUGUUCACGGCUACUAUAAGAUUGAUGCAGAGCUGGUCCUGCCCACCAUUCGAAGUGCCGUUGAAAAGCAACUUAAUCUCAUUGCACUUGGGAAGGCCAACUUCCAGCAAGUACUGCAGCAUGCAUUGGACAUCUUCAAGAGGAAGUUUCACUAUUUUGUGGAUUAUGUCUCUGGUAUGGAUCAAUUGAUGGAAGUCUCAUUUUCGCCAAUUGCUGCAGCAGGAAAGCCAUUGUCUCGCUGUGGGAAGUGCCACCGGUUCAUGAAAUUCAUCCAGGCCAAACCCAGUCGCCUGCACUGCUCCCACUGUGAUGAGACAUAUAGUCUCCCCCAGAAUGGAGCCAUCAAGUUGUACAAGGAACUUCGCUGUCCACUGGAUGACUUUGAGCUUGUGCUGUGGACCUCUGGGGCCCGAGGCAAAAGCUAUCCACUGUGCCCCUACUGUUUCAGCAAACCACCUUUCAGGGACAUGAAAAAAAAUGUAGGAUGCAAUGAGUGCACCCAUCCUUCGUGCCAGCACUCUCUCAACGCUUUGGGUAUUGGACAGUGUGUGGAGUGUGACAGUGGAGUUUUGGUGCUAGAUCCAACGUCUGGGCCCAAAUGGAAGAUGUCCUGUAAUAGGUGCAAUGUAGUUGUUCACUUCUUUGAACAUGCGCAUAGAGUACAGAUCUGGACCAGGGCAUCAAUGAGCUCCUGGACAGUCUGAGGAGCAACCUGGCGGCGCCGGAUGGACCUACACAUAAUGUCCCAGAGGUGUUCUAUUGGGUUUAGGUCAGGUGAACGUGGGGGCCAGUCAAUGGUAUCAAUUCCUUCAUCCUCCAGGAACUACCUGCAUACACUAGCCACAUGAGGUCGGGCAUUGUCGUGGACCAGGAGGAACCCAGGUCCCACUGCACCAGCGUAGGUUCUGACAAUGGGUCCAAGGAUUUCAUCCUGAUACCUAAUAGCAGUCAGGGUGCCGUUAUCUAACCUGUAGAGGUCUGUGCGUCCUUCCAGGGAUAUGCCUCCCCAGACCAUCACUGACCAACCACCAAACCGGUCAUGCUGAAUGAUGUUGCAGGCAGCAUAACGUUCUCCACGGCAUCUCCAGACCCUUUCACGUCUGUCGCAUGUGCUCAGGUUGAACUUGCUCUCAUCAGUGAAGAGCACAGGGCACCAGUGGUGUAGUUGCCAAUUCUGGUGGUCUAUGGCAAAUGCCAAUCGAGCUCUACCGUGCUGGGCAGGGAGCACAGGGCCCACUACAGGACGUCGGGCCCUCAGGCCACCCGCAUGGAGCCUGUUUCUGAUUGUUUGGUCAGAAACAUUCACACCAGUGGCCUGCUGGAGGUCAUUUUGUAGGGCUCUGGCAGUGCUCAUCCUGUUCCUCCUUGCAUAAAGGAGCAGAUACUGAUCCUGCUGAGGGUUGAAGGACCUUCUACGGCCCUGUCCAGCUCUCCUGGUGUAACUACCUGUCUCCUGGAAUCUCCUCCAUGUGUCCAGGUACCGCAGUGAUGCCCUGGUCCAGAUCUGGGAGGAGAUCCCCCAGGACACCAUCCGUAGUCUCAUUAGGAGCAUGCCCCGAUGUUGUCAGGCAUGCGUACAAGCACGUGGGGGCCACACAAACUACUGAGAAUCAUUUUGAGUUGCUACAAUGACAUUUUAGCCAAAUGGACCAGUCUGCUGCAUCAUUUUUUCACUUUCAUUUUUGGGGUGUCUUUGAUUUCCCCCCUCUAUAGGGUGAUCAUUUUCAUUUCUAUCAAAUUAUGUGGCAUCAUUUUGUUACUAAUACAUCACCCACUUAUUAUCAGGAAAGAUAUUCAAGAUCAUUUUUCCCCCAGUUUAGAUCUGAUGUGUUUUUGAAAUGUUCCUCUAAUUUUUUGGAGCAGUAUAUAUUAAUGAAUAAAUCAUGCUGUUUCGUGGUUGAAUACGGCCUAUUACUGUAAUAGUAAAAAAAUAUGCAUUGAGCAAAUGUGACUUAUUUUUGGCCUAAAUUAAACAUUUUCAAGCAUAAAAAAGACUAAAUUAACUGAAAUACAAAUAUAAGACAAUCAGAAAGUGCAUUGAAAGAUACAUUGAUAUGUAGUAUUCUACACUGGUCACUAGGUGUCAGUAAUGUUACUGUAAUGACCUGUUGGUGCUGUAAUACUGAUGCUUUGCCGGAAAGGAGGAAGUGUUAGUUGUGGGGGAGAGAACGAGGAGGAGACAAGUGAGCUGUGAUCAGUGUUGGAAUCGAGUGCUCCUAUUGUUAAGGUUAAGUUAAGGCUGGUAAUAAAACUUUGCUCCAUUACAUUAGCCACCACAAGAAGUCCCGGAAGUAAAAAAAAAAAUAAAAGAAACUACAACAAGGAACUUUCCGAUUGCUAACAUUUGUGAGGCUGUAUUAUGUCUUAUGUUCUCUUAUUAUGUCGGCCAUAUUGGAUAAUAGGAAUGUAAAGGUGAUUAUGGGGGUGUUAUUUCAUGUCUAGAGGGAUCUAAUAAUGUUUAAAAAAACAUAUUUAGAAGGUCCUAAACAGGUUUUCUAUGCUGUUCUUUCACAUAUUUCAAGCUUUUUCAAAAAAGUAACAAUUACUUUCACUGGUAACUUAUAACAUUUAUGAAGGUAGAAUUCUGUUAACAAUUAAAUUACUUGUUGGGAAAGUAACUAUAAAUUAUACUCACUAUACUUACUUUUUUAAGUGGUUUGUUCUUCUUUUUCUUUACAAUUGUAAUUGUGGGUGUUUCAUAAUUGCCUCACUCAGGCGACUCUUUGCACAAGGAUUCUUGAUGAUGUACCAUGAAUAUGAUGUUCCACAACAACGUAUUCUAAGUUUUAAAAGAAACAACAUAUUCCUCCUCUUCUGAGCAAAAAAGAGGAGCAGAAAAUAUCUUUGUUCUGUAUAGUAAUUCUUUUUAAUCACUGUAAAAAGAGUUGUUUUAAUCGCCUUGCAUGGUUCAGUUAUUGAAGAACGGGAUGACUCUUACCUCUUUCUGGAUGGACUUAUAUGAGAAAUCAAGUAAAAAGGGAAGCAAUAUUUGUCUGCUGGGAUAAACAAACUAGCUUUUUGUCUGCCCGCUUUGAGUCUCGGGCUGCAACUAACUAUUUGUUUCAUAGUUGUUUCAUCUGAAGCUUGUUGUUUAGAUUAAUCGAGUAAUUGGUUAGUCCAUAGACCAGGGCUUUCUAACGUGCGGCCCGGGGGCCAUUUGCAGCCUGCGGCAGUUUAUUUAAAUUAAAAUAUCAUUUAACAAGAAAACUAAACUAAAACAACAACACCAAUAAUGGAAAAAUCUGUAAUUUUACAAGAGUAAAGUGAAUUUGCUCAUCUCUGUACAUUGUUUAAAUUCCUUACUCAAUCCGUUCCAUAAUUUAAUUCCACAUACUGAAAUGCUGUGGGAUUUCAGUGUAGUUCUUGCAUAUAAAUGUUUUAAGUUUAAUUUUCCUCUAAGGUCAUAUUUCUCCUCUUUUACAGAGAAAUACUGUAUGACGUUUUUGGGUAACAAGUUAUUGUUCAUUUUGUUGUAAUAUUAUCAGGAAAAAUAACUUAGUUUAGUGGCAUGAUGUUGAAAUAUUAAAGAUAUAUGUGAAAAAAACAAAACAGCUGUAACACUUUACAAUAAGGUACACUAAAUUACAGUAGUCAAUGAGGAACGAACCAACCUAUCGCUAACUACUACUCAGUAGUUACUCAUUAGUUCUUCAUUACUUCCUCAGUGACUACUCUAAAUUGAUGUGCCUUAGUUCCUCAGUAACUGCCCUAACCAUUAGUUCCUCAUUAGGUCUUAAUUAGUUCCUCAGUAACUAGUCUAAAUGUAUGUGCCUUAGUCAUUAGUUUCUUAUUAGUUCCUCAGUAACUAGUCAAAUGUAUGUGCCUUAGUCAUUAGUUUAGUUACUAUUAGUUCCUCAGUAACUAUUCUAAAUGUAUGUGCCUUAGUCAUUAGUUUCUUAUUAGUUCCUCAGUAACUAGUCUAAAUGUAUGUGCCUUAGUCAUUAGUUUCUUAUUAGUUCCUCAGUAACUAGUCUAAAUGUAUGUGCCGUAGUCAUUAGUUUCUUAUUAGUUCCUCAGUAACUAGUCUAAAUGUAUGUGCCUUAGUCAUUAGUUUAGUUACUAUUAGUUCCUCAGUAACUAGUCUAAAUGUAUGUGCCUUAGUCAUUAGUUUAGUUACUAUUAGUUCCUCAGUAACUAUUCUAAAUGUAUGUGCCUUAGUCAUUAGUUUAGUUACUAUUAGUUCCUCAGUAACUAGUCUAAAUGUAUGUGCCUUAGUCAUUAGUUUAGUUACUAUUAGUUCCUCAGUAACUAGUCUAAAUGUAUGUGCCUUAGUCAUUAGUUUAGUUACUAUUAGUUCCUCAGUAACUAGUCUAAAUGUAUGUGCCUUAGUCAUUAGUUUCUUAUUAGUUCCUCAGUAACUAGUCUAAAUGUAUGUGCCUUAGUCAUUAGUUUCUUAUUA